AUGGCUGAACUGGUGAUGGCCGCGUGCACGCUUACCGCCGUGUCUUGCCUUGGCUCUAUGCGCUAUUGGGGGCCAGAGCUAUACUCUGUACCCUUCCUGGUUUGGGGGCUUUAUCGUCUGGUACGGAAAUUUCUGCGGGACAUCAUCACGUCGGGUCAUGGAAGUAUGAUCAUCAGAUAUUCACUCGUCGCUCGGCCUUGGGUGGUGAGUUGA